CAUAUUUGUAUCCCCGGCACUGGGGGAGCAUAAUCUGAGAAGCCAAAGAGGCAAGGAGCCUCUGAGUGUGUGUUGCUGAGCUCAGCUUUUCUACUCUGAAGUCAACUCAGCUCUUUAGAGUUGCAUAGAACAAAGAACAAACGCAUGCCCACCACACCCUGUGUUCCAAGUACAGAGAGCACAUGACGUCAGAAAGGGAGUGACUAGGGGCAAGAGCCUGGCAGAGCGCCUGGCGGGAGGAGGUGACACUCAACUACAAAGCCCCAGCUUCUAACUGAGCCUGCCCCUACAGCAGGAGGGGAGAAGGAGCCCUGUGGAUAUUGUCGUGGGUCCUCUGCCUCGCCUCACCUCCCCAAACCUUCACUUCCCACUGUGAAGUUCUCUAAUGCAAGGGAUUAGAAUAUGCUCCGCCUAGACCAAAUCUACUCCAGAGGAAGAAACCGGAAGCUCCAAAUUCUUCAUGGAUAAUUGAUGUCUCAUCAUUAUUACUAUUGUUAUUUUAAAAUAAGUUUAUUUUUGGAGCAAAAAUGAGCGGAAGGUUCAGAGAGCUCUUAUAUCUAUCUCCUGGCCGCUGUGAAAGUUAGUAAAAGGAAAUCUUGUUUGGCGUGGAGUCGGGAGGCCAGCACGGGGAGCUCUCACACCUUACCGCGCUGUCAACUGCCUCCCCAAGAGAAAGAAAUGGACCCGGAGCUUGGAUACUAUUUCACUAUCCCAGCGGAAAGGAUAGUCUCUCCCUUUUGCCUGGCAACAGCUCACCCAAUGAGAGACUAUCACAACUCAGCCAAUGAAAAGUCACUACACUUCCAACUCCCAGUUUACCCCCAAUGAAUUUCUUGUUUAGAACGUCCUCCCCACGUCCCACUUUUCCUCUAUAAAAGAGCCCUCCUCUCCUUUGUUCGUUGGGCUUGCCUGUGGUUUUGCCGUAACCUGCUAGUUGGGAAUUGCAAUUCUGUGCUACUCUCAAACCCGUUUCUGUUAGCAAGACAGCUGGCAGUUUUAUUUUUGAGGUUAACAUUACUUGGCCGUCUGAAGCAGGAAGAAGACCCCCCAACUCUGAGGCUGGUGAGCAAACAGGUGCCUGUACCCACAGAGCCAGCUGAGCUCCCUGCUUUCUCGCCCCCGCCAUGGGUUUGAGGGUAAGUUUUCUCCUUGAUUACAAGCUUCAUUCUCUUUUGUGUUCAAGCUCUCCAGGCCUGUGGCGAGCACGCUACAAAGGCGCACACAUGAGUUGUGUCUUUUUGACAGGGUCCGCUUUAUUCAAUCGUAGAGCAAGGUUAGUAUAACUGAAAGCAGGUGCAGGGUUCCAGACUCCAUGAGAUUAUACUAUGCAUGUAACAUGGCUUCAUACAUGCCACACAAAGCAAAGCAUAAUACAAAGGCACACAACAAACGAGAUACAAUAAGGGGUAAGAGUUAACAAAUCAAGUGUGAAGUCCGUCUGUGAGCUCGCAGUUGAGAUGAGGCCAAGGUAGGGUCCGGGUCAGUUCUCGGUACUUACGGCUUAUUAUUUUCAGGCUGUUGGAGGAUCUGUGUUAUGUUCAGAGAUCAAUAGGGCAGGGCCUUUGGCGGCACUUGUCUUUCUGAUGCAGCCAGACAUGGAAGAGUCAGCGUCAGAGUCUGACAGUUUGCUGCAGAAGGUCCUUCCUUUUUAAAAGGGGUUUAAUCAGUCUUGGGACUUUGCAGGUCUCUUCUGAUUCUAGUGAUGAUCAGCUCUGGGUUCUUCCAGGCUCUCUUGGCUUUGCUGGUUAUCGGUUCUGGAUGCCAUCAGCCUGUGCUGGUUUUAGUGAUAUCUGGUCUUAGCUGCAAUACCUUGGCUGCUUAUGUCACUGCUUGACACGAGUCAUUGCUUGACAGGAGUGACUCCAUCUUGUUCUCUACAUCGCACCCAGAGAUUCCUCAUGACUAAUCUUAAGGAUCAUUCAGGAAUCAACUACAUCUUUAACCAGAUCAGCACUGUGCUUUUAUUCUGCUAACUUGGAUGAAGGCAAAUCUAAGUCAUCCAACCAUGGUUCCAAUGAAAAUCAAACAAAAUCAAAUCAAUCUCAGAUCCUAUGAAAUGUCAACUGACAUCAUAAAAUGAACAUCACACUAAAUAAAACAAGUUCGAUUGUUUACAGUAAAGCAAAAUUAAGGAUUAAAUCAGAUAUCAGUCAAAUCAGGUUAUAAAGUCAAAUCGCAGUCAAAACUAAAACCCAAAGUCACAUUUAAUAAGAAUUAAGUCAAGUAAGAAGAGCCAAACUAAGUCUGAAUUUAGUAUUAAGGUAAGUGAAAUUAUCUUAGUAAGUAAGUCCAUUAAGGUAAGCUAAGAAAUCAACAAAACAACCAAAUGAAAAUCAUAUUGUCAAGUACAGGUAGGUAGAAGUCCACAAAUACAUAUGAGAUCUUCAUUAUAGGCUCACAGAAAAGAAUGGCAAAGGUGUGGUUAAUCAGUCUUUUUGUAAUUUUCCCUUCUUAAGCCUCAGGGUGCAUAACAUUAUAAUAGCAUGUUCAAUAAGAUAUGGAGCAAAGAUAAUAGCUAAAAGCAAUGAGAAAGAUUUCCUUAAUGGAUUUCCGAAUAUGGGUAGAGAAAUAAUUCCUGCCCACCUGUAAGUAAUUUUAAGGGUUAUACCCAGACCAGAACAAAUAUAGCCAGAACAAAUCACAUGUUGAAAAGGUUUUGUUAGCAAUUCCAGGAAGGAAUAUUUAAUAUGUAAAUUUUGGAUCUUUGAGCUUGCCAAGUAGACACCAUGAGCAAAGCUCACCCUCCUGAGUUGAAAAAAUUUACGGACAAGAAAUUACCAUUGAAAUUAAAUGGUGGCAGACGUGGCCAAGGAAUAUUGCGGGGCUUCGAUCCCUUUAUGAAUCUUGUGAUGGAUGAAUGUGUGGAGAUGGCAACUAGUGGGCAAGAGAACGAUAUUGGAAUGGUGGUAAUGCCAGGAAAUCGUAUCAUCCUGUUAGAAGCCUUGGAACGAGUAUAAACAAUGGGUGUGUUCACCGGAAGAAACCAACCGCUUUCACAUGUCCCCUCCAUAGCAUCUGUUUUACUACAAUAUAAAAAUCAGGUCGUGCAUUUUCAUAUUGAACUUUUAUGCUAAAUAAACUUUCUUAAUAGUCCAAAAAUGCUUUCUCAGGCAUUCUGAACAUGAAAAAUUGAAUGGUAGCUCUUAUUCUAGUUUUUUUCUAACACGAGCUGUUCCUGGUUGAGACUGAUUUGUUCCAAAGCUUUAACGCAUUAAUACGGAAGAAUCUGAUUAAAUGUGAGGCGUGACUAGGAUGGCUUUUUUUCAUCUUUUAAUGGAAAGAUAAAGAACCUGCAAACCUGAGCAGAUUUCUUCUGAAACAUUAACUGUAAUUUUCAAAACUCUUGUAAUAGUUUUGAUGUACUCUGACUUUUCCAAAUACAUCUACAUUCCAAGUAUAGUGCAAUUGAAAUAAAACACAGGAAGUAACGAUACAGUUGUUUAUUUUGAACAUAAACGGGGAAAAUUUUUUUGAAGACAAGAACAGAAAUAGAACUCUAGAGAAAAACAAAACAAAACAAAACAAAACAAAACAAAUUAUAUGUAAAUUUUGUGUAUCUCUGUUUAAUGCAGCUAUGUUGGUGUUGAUGAGUUUUGAGGGCGCAUGAAUGGCCUGUACAGGGUGUUCAGAGUGGGUUAGCUUGUUUUAUGGGCUGCUAGGUUUUAUGGGAUCUUCUAAGCUUCCAUCUAAAAGCUGGUCAAUUUUGUCAGUUUCACCCAAGGUAUUUCUGUUACUUUAGUAUGCUAGGAUGUUGGAAAAUCUUUAUAUGAAUAUUCUGAGAUAAAAAAUACCCAUCAUGGUAACAUUAUUCAAUGUCACAUUAAUAGCAUACAGUAUUUUAAUGUACUCAUUGUCCACGGUGAUGACAGUAUCAUUCAUCAUAGAGUGAUUACAGAAUAUGACCUCUGAGUUCUUAACACCAGGUGUCCAGUUAAAAUGUCCCAUGUCUAGGAAUACAUUUUCCUUGGAUGUUCUUGGAAAAGGAUACAGAUCAGCACUGAUUUCUUUUUUUAAAAAAUUUUUUAAAUGUUCUAUUUAUUUUUGAGAGAGAGACAGAGUGCGAAUGGGGGAGGCAGAGAGAGAG